AUGGCCCGCAAGCUGGGCCUGAUCUUCAUGUUACUUCAGCUCCAAACACUCACACUCGCCCUGCCAACUCCUCUCUCCAGUUCAGAAACCGGAAGCUCAGUCGCAUCACCCCCUGCCUCCCAUGCAUGGACCAGUCAGUUCCCUCAGCUGCACGAUAAGCGUUACUUCUUCCCGGAAACCUUGCCGGACAAAGCUGAGCUUGAGGAGAUGCUGAGAGAAACCAUGCGCCAAGCGGGCUUUGCGGCUUCUUCAGAGCCAGGGCCCAGAUCUAUAUUGCCAGACCUGGAUUCGCAGUUGAAUUUGCAAAAACAAAAAUCUCAACAGGAUCCUGGUACCGAGAUCGACAGUGCAGGGACAUCGGCUGAACCGGAUGUGCGCACGCACCGGGAUUUGAGAAGCUGA